UUCAAGUUCUACCUUUACCCAGCAACAUGCUUACCAAGAUCACGACUUUGCUGUCUGCUUCAUUCGCCAUCACCGCAGCCUUCAGCUUCGAUGACAGUCGCCCUGAGGUCGACUACGACUACGAGAUCGACGAAGACCACCGUUUGCCCCGCUCGGUGGUCAUGAUGAUCCCUGACGGCACAGGACCCAACAUUUGGGCCCUCGCUCGCAACAUACUCGACCCGACCCACAAGAAGAUGUUGCACAUCGACCCGCUUUUCCGUGGGUCUGUCCAGACCUUCUCCAACACGUCACUCGUCACGGACUCUGCUUCGUCUGCCACCGCGUACUCGACGGGUUUCAAGACAUACGACUCUGCGAUCGGCGUCGACAUGGAGAUGCGCCCCCUCGGCACCAUCCUAGAAGCUGCGCAAGCCCGCGGCAUGGUGGUGGGAAUGAUCGUGACGUCCCGUGUCACACACGCGACCCCCGCAUCGUUCGCAGCCCACAUCCACGAUCGCAGCCUCGAGAACGACAUUGCCGAUCAGUACUGCGACAACGCGAACUUAGACUUUUUGCUGGGCGGUGGUAAGCGCCACUUCAGCGACGCGUGUCUGGCCAAGCUCGAGGCGGCCGGCUACACCAUCACGCAUGACAAGGACGAGUUGGCCGCGUACCGCAAGACCAACGAAGCCAACGGCACACUGCGCAUGUUUGGGUUGUACCAGAAGUCGCACAUUUCGUACGAAGUGGAUCGCAUCCGUGGCGAAACCAACGAGCCGAGCUUGAGUGAAAUGACCGAGCACAUCUUCGCCAUCCUCAAGAACAACAAGCGGGCCCAGAAGCACGGGUUCUUCGUCAUGAUCGAAGGCUCCCGCGUUGACCACGCCGGACACUCGAACGACGCGGGUACCAUGGGCAAGGAAGCCAUUGAGUUCGACAACACCGUGAGCGUGGUCAAGCAGUUCGUGUACUCCAACCCGAACGUGGCGAUGAUCUCGGCGGCCGACCACGGCACCGGCGGGAUCACGCUGGGUCAUGACGGAGUGUACAAGUGGGAGCCCGAGCCGCUGGUCAAGCAGGUCAUGUCAACAGAAGGCAUGGAGGCGCUGUUCAGCAGCGACCGUGCCACAUACACGGAAGCGACGGCAUUGCAAAAGGUUAAGGACCUGAUCACCCAAUACAGCGCCACCAAAGAGAUCACCAAGGAAUGGGAUGCCAUCUUCGCGGCCGAAGUAAAGCAGAUUGUCGCCAACGCCACGUACUCGACCUCCAAAUUGGUCAUAUACAUGGGUCAAUGUAUUUCGCAAACAGCCUAUAUCGCGUGGACCACCAUCGGCCACGUCGGCACGGACGUCAACUUGUACUGCGCCGGUCCGUCCGUGUUCACCCGUCGAUGCAACGGCAAUCAUGACAACACGCAUUUGAACCACAUCAUGACCAACUACCUCAACUUGGACCUCCAGUCGAUCACGUUGAAGUUGCGCGGAUACAAGCCCAACGACAUCCAAACGGCUAUCCCCACGGUGACCCCCAACGCCACCAACGCCACCAACGUCACCAACGCCACCAACGCCACCAACGUCACCAACGCCACUAACACCACCACGACCCCCACCAUCACCUCGGCUAGCCCUGCCACCACCAAGGCCUAAAGUGCUACAGCGAAACGUCU